AUGCUGACCGGUGCGUCCCUUCUGGUUGGGAGGGGCUUUCUGGGAGCUUUUGCACUGCCUACCACCUCAAGUUGGAAGGCACGGCUGGCGGCAGAGAAGAGCUCACCCUUCAGUAACCCUUCCUUCAUUCGCAGAACAGCCCAUCAGCUGUCAGUGGGCGCUUUUGUUGCUCCCACGAGACGCGGUUCCCUGGCGUUGUCCGCUUGCACUGCCAGUUUGGCACUCCUCGUUUGCGCGUUCUUCCCCGCUGUGAAACCCGCCGCCGCCACCCUCAAUUAUGCGAUUGCCGUCCAAGGCUUGGCCUCUCUUUUGGCCUACUUUUCGGCCGAAUACACGCUGCUAGCGUUUGAAAAGGAUUCUCGAAUGUCGGGCCAGCUGCUAGAACGGGACCCGGCGCUUCCCCCCGACUGGCACACGCUCUUUGACCGCAAAACAAACCGGGUUUAUUUCUACAACUCCCAGCUCGGGGGGAUUCUCCAGGCACUCGUGACAGUCGGGCUGUACUGGAGCACAGUCGCAACGCUCUUCUGGUGCACGAGCGCUGUCUACGGGGCGAAGCAACUAGGUAUGGGGACGAGUUUCUUCCUCGCGGCGGCUUUCCUCGCGCUUCCCCAACCGCUGCCUUUAGUCGUCCUUGCGCUCAGUUUGCGGCCUUCUGUCAUUGGGGGAACUCUGGCCGCCCGGUUCGAGUCAGCUCUUUGCGUUACCCUCCUCAUUAGCGUUCUCUCCGGGCUAUGCUCCACCCUCGCAACAAUCGACCGGGCUGCCAAAGCACGCCUGCCUAGUUGCCGUCUUCCCUGGAACUGCGCGUGCUUCUCGCGACUCCUAGUCGCUCUCUGCCCCGCCCUGAGUUGGAGGCUCCAUCCCUACGCCCUCAGACUGGACUACGCCCGGGUGGCGCUUCUCCCGCUACUCUCUAGGGUUCCCCUCCAGGCGCCAGUGCCCCGGUGGGAACUCUUGACGUUUUCCUGGAGAGCGCUCCUGUACGCGGCGCCGAUGGUCCUUCCCCUCGCGCGGCUGCUCGCGGCCGCGGCCGCGGCCAAUCCCCAGGGCUUAGCGCCGGGCACGCUCUAUGGCUUGGUGCUUCAUUCCAGGCCGGUGCAAAUGAGUGCGUGCGUUUCGGUUGUCGGGUUUCUGUUCGACAGACAGAGGAAAGCGUACGAGGUCGCUUUGGAGGAGAAGAAGAAGGAACUAGAGAGAGCGGAGGUUGAGAACCUAGACAAGAAGCUGCUUGCGGACUUUGACAGGAUGCUGGUGGAAGUGAAAGACUAA